AUGGCGCCUUGGAGGAUACGUGCUACCAUGGACGAGAUUGACGUUGCUCGUAGAUAUGCCGGACAUCCGACGAUAUUCUCUGUCCGAUUACACCAUGGUGGACAGUUUACAAAGUUCCCUGGAAGAAAGUACAUCAAAGGCAAGCAAAAUUAUGUUGAUUUACUAGACAUUGACACCUUUUCCAUUCACGACAUUGACGAGAUGAUGGAGGAACUUGGGCAUAUUGAUUCAGACGAAACACUACUCUAUUAUCAUUUCCUGAGACCAUUUGGCGAUUUGGAUUUUGGGUUAUUUGCUUUGGGUUCAGAUCAGGAUGUUCAUCAUCUGGGUACGUAUGUUGCUAACCAUAAGGUAAUAGAUGUAUAUAUUGAGCAUGGGAAAACAAAUUUACAUACUUAUUCUAUGUCCCCCAACCCUAGUAAGGUUAAAAUUGUUGAAAUUAAAGAGCCACCAGCUUGCUCCAAACAGUUGUUCUUGGAGUGGAAUGACUCUCCAAUUGAGCAUGAGAGUGUUCCAGACCUAACAGAAGUUGAGAAUGAUAGUCAUUUGGACAAAGAACCAUCUUUGGUCGACCAUAUUGAAUUUGAAAUGAAUGUAGAGAAUGAGGAUGAUUAUGAUGGUAGUGGACACAACAAUGGCAGUGGAAAUGAUGAGUUUGAUGAUGAUAGUGAGAGUGAAGAUAGUGAUUUUUUUAUUGAUGAGGACAAUCUCAUACACGAUGUUGAUGUGGAUAUGAAAGAUUUCCAUAUGAACAUUGACAAGGAUGUAGAAUGGGUUGGAGGUUCUUCUGAAACGGGAAGAAGGGACUUUCUUGGACUUGAUGGAGCCUUCGUGAAAGGUCCAUAUCCAGGCCAAGUUUUGUCUGCUGUGGCAUUGGAUGGUUUGGGAACAAAUUCCAAUUUCACGUUUAUGAGUGACAGGCAAAAGGGUUUGUUGCCUGCGAUUGCAACACUAUUUCCAUGUGCAGAGCAUCGCUAUUGUCUUCGUCACAUACACGACAACAUGAAAAAGAACUGGAGGGGAAAGGUGUUCAAGGAUCUUCUUUGGGAAUGUGCCACGACCUCUAAUGUACAACACUUUCAUCAAGCAAUGGAAAAACUAAAGAAGCUUAACAAUGAUGCUUAUGAGUGGCUGAAACAAAUACCUCCUCAAAGUUGGGCUCGCUCCCACUUUACUGGGAGAGCACAUUGUGAUGCUCUAACUAAUAACAUGUGUGAAGCAUUCAACAGCAAGAUAGAAGAUGGUCGUGAUGCACCAAUUAUUAACUGCAUUGAGUUCAUCAGAGAGUACAUUAUGAAGAAGAUAGUCAAAGUUGACAAGGAAAUUCAGAAAGUUGUAGGUCCUUUGACUCCUACAGCUACAACAAUAUUGGAUAACAUAAAGAGUAAGGCAGAACAGUAUGUUGCAACAUUUUGUGGUGCUGGAAAAUAUCAAGUUGCUGGACCAUGGCAAGAUCAGUGUAUUGUGGAUGUAGGUCAACAAAGUUGUACGUGCAAAAGGUGGGAAUUAAUAGGAAUUCCGUGCAAACAUGGUGUGGCUGCUAUUUGGGACAUGGGGAGGAAUGACAAAGAUGUGGGAAUCCCAGAAUCAUUUGUGCAUCCAUGUUACUGGUUAUCAAGCUGGAAAGAGAUGUAUUCUUUUAAGGUUAGUCCAAUCAAUGGAAGGUCCAUGUGGGAGAAGUCAGCUAUACCAACAACUCUGUUGCCUCCAAAACAUCGUGUUCCUAUAGGAAGACCAAAGAAGAAGAGAACAAUAUCAAUUGUGAAAAGGAGGACUUUGUUAGAGGAAACACAGCAUCAAGGGCCCAUAGAUCAGUAA